AUGUCUACUACUACUACCCCCAUCAUGUCUGCAAAGAGCAAUAAAACCGCCAAACUUCCUGCCAAGCCUCGUGCCAAGUGCACCCUGGCUGCCAAGCCUCCAGCCAAGCGCACACGGGCUACCAAGGCUUCCAAAACCGCCGAGAGUUCUAAAACCGCAGAACUUUCUGUCAAGUCUUCCGAAACCGCCAAGCCUACCGAAAUCGCUGAGCCGGUUCCCAAGCCUUCUGAUUCUGGCACCCCUACAGCCACCGCCAAGCCUAUCGCUAAGCCUCCCACCAAGCGCACCCGAGCUGCCAAGGCUUCUAAGAGCGCCGAGAGUUCUAAAACCGCUGAGCUUCCUGCCGAGCCAGCUGCCAAGCAAGCCGAUACCGUCGAGCCAGCUGCCGAGCCUUCUGCUUCUGGUACCACUGCUGCCAAGCCUUCCGAUACCGCCGAGCCGAUUACCAAGCCUUCCGAUUCAGGCACCCCUGCUGCCAAGCCUUCCGAUACCCGCCCCAUUCAGUAUCAUGAGUCAGCUGCUGAGGCAUUAGUAAUGGGUGGUGUUACCAAUACUGCUACUGCUAAGAAAUUGGCUAGUAUGGAUUGGAUUAGACCUGUUAUGGUUAAGGAAGACAGGGGUCUUAAUAUGGCAAGGCCAGUUAAUGUUGAGGCUAUAUUGGGAUACAGCAGGGGUGAACUUGCAGAGGCAGUUUGUGACUGUUGUACUGACGAAAUUAAACCUCGCGAACGCUCUGCACUCAUUGCAAGCUCUUCUACAGUUACUGCGGAGGGUGCAGACAGGCAUAGGAGAGUUGCAAAGAGGAAGCGGUCCACUACCAAGGAAAAAUGGUGGAGGCUUUUGAUAGCGGUGGAGGGAGUGGCUGAUGCAAUUGAGGAUAUCAUGAACGAAAUGGAAGAUUAA